AUGCGCAUCUCGGCCACCAUCUCCGCCUUUGCACUCGCCCUCCACCUCGGGGGCGUCGCGGCUAUUGCCCCUCGCCAGGAGGCCGGUGCCGCUGACGAAGCUGUGGUGUUCGUCGCCAAGAGCUUCAUCAUUGAAUAUGCUCCCGGAUCUAGCGCACGUCUCCGUCGCCAGAACGUCGCAUCCACUGAUGGCAUCACCAUCGUGAAGGAGUUUGCCAGUGACGUCUUCUCCGGCGCGAGCGUUGAGACUGAGAAGUACACCCUCGAGUCUCUUCUUGAGCUCCCAGAUGUUCUCAACGUAUGGCUCAAUGAAGAGGUCAAGCUUGGGCCCGUGGAGCCUCAAGCCAAGGCUCCUGAGGACGCGCUCGAGUACACCACUCACAACGCCACCGGAGUGAGCAAGCUUCACGCCCAAGGCAUCUUCGGCAAAGGCGUCAAGGUCGGUGUCGUCGAUACCGGUAUCUGGUACAACCACCCCGCCCUCGGCGGCGGAUUCGGUCCUGGUUUCAAGGUCGCCGCCGGUCACGAUUUCGUCGGCGACGGACUGUACCCACAGAGCGGCCCGAAGGCACCGGAUGAAGACCCACUCGACACCCGGGGACACGGAACUCACGUUGCCGGCAUCAUCGCCGGAAAGAACGAUUUCUGGACUGGAGUUGCUCCUGAGGCUACGCUGCACGCAUACAAGGUAUUCUCCAACGCCGCGUCCACCGACACGGCAACUCUGAUCGAGUCGUUCCUUGCCGCGUACGACGACGGCGUUGAUAUCAUCACCGCAAGUAUCGGCGGAGCCAACGGAUGGUCCAACAACGCAUGGGCCGAAGUAGCUUCAAGACUGGUCGAAGAGGGUGUUGUCGUCACCAUCUCGGCCGGUAACAGCGGAUCAGCCGGCCCCUUCUACGGCAGCUCUGGUUCCUCCGGGAAGAACGUCAUUGCAGUCGCCUCCAUCGACACUGAGAUCUUCCCUGCCAUUCCUUUUGAGGCCACCUUCGGUGGCUCCGAGACUGUCCGGAUCGGCUACCUCCCCUCCGAGAGCUACUUCCCCAGCACCAUCGUCGACUGGCCCAUCGUCGCUCUCAACACUGACACCACGGACCCCGCUGACGGCUGUGAGCCGUACCCCGAGGGAAGCCCUGACUUGACCGGAAAGAUCCCCUUGGUUCGCAGAGGAACUUGCACUUUCCAGGUCAAGCAGGAGAACCUUGCUGCUCUCGGCGCCAAGUACAUCCUGAUUUACAACAACGCUUCUCCAAUGACGACCCCCGGAACUAGCAACACGGACUCCGAGAUUGCUCUGAUCACGGCCGAGUCUGGCGAGUCCAUUAUCGAGGCUAUCAAGGCCGGCACCAAUGUGACUGCCGACUUCUCCAUCAACCCCGAGGUUCCUAUCGCCCUGCCCUACCCUGCCGGUAACCGUCCCAAUACGUUCACCAGCUGGGGUCUGCUGUACGACAACCAGCUCAAGCCUGAUGUCGCUGCCCCUGGUGGUAACAUCUUCUCAACCUACCUGGAUGGCGGUUACGCUAUUCUCAGUGGAACUUCCAUGGCUUGCCCGUACGUUGCCGGUGUCGCCGCUCUCUACAUCAGCGAGCAUGGUGGCCGCAGCGUCCAAGGCAAGGGGUUCGCGCGUGCCUUGUCCCGUCGCAUCAUCUCCAGCGGCUACGCUUUGCCCUGGUCUGACGGUACGGCCACCGACUACGGCUACACCGCUCCUCCCGCCCAGGUUGGUAACGGCAUGAUCGAUGCCUGGAAGGUCUUGAAGUACGACACUCAACUUGAGUUCGAGAAGAUCCAGCUCAACGACACCCGCUACUUCAGCCGCUACCACGACGUCACCGUCACCAACAACGGCAAGUCGGACAUCACCUACAAGUUCUCUGUCCAACCCAAUGCCGGCGUUGACGCCCUCGCCUGGAUUCCCCCUACCGGUAGCCUCCCCGGCACCAAGCGCGUCAAGACUUUCGCCCAACUGUCCCCGAAGACCUACACCCCCGACAUCAGCUUCCCUCGCGAUUUCACCCUCAAGGCCGGCGAGAGCAAGACCGUGUCCGUCAACUUCGGGAACCCCGACAGCCUCGGCUGGAACGCCACCGGCCUGCCCCUGUACGGAGGCAAGGUCGUCAUCCAGGGCAGCAACGGCGAGCAGGUGUCCGUCCCAUACGCCGGCGUCGGCGCCGAUCUCCGCAACACGCUCGGCGGUGUUCACGAGGCCGGCUGGCCGCAGUCCGUCUCCACCACCGAGGAGAUCCCCAUCAGCGAGAAGGCGUCCUACACCUUCGACCUCAGCACCGGCGCCCAGGACUUCCCCAAGAUCUUCCAGAAGCUCCUCUGGGGAACCCGCCAGACUCGUUGGGACGUCUACGAGGCCGGUUGGACUGAGCGCCAAUGGACCUACCCUCCUGUCGUUGGACAGAACGGCUACGUCGGCUCCGUUGCGUCUUGGGUGGGAUCUGGCGACGUGGAGAUCUUUGACCCGGCGCAGUAUGACCCGAAUGAGACCUUCACUUACCCGAUCACCGACGUUUCCCGCAACUUGGCUGCCACCUACAAUGAGCACUGGUGGUUCGGCAAGUUGGGCAACGGAACGCAGAUCGCCCCUGGUAACUACACCAUUCGCUUCGCUGCGCUGCGACCUUUUGGCAACCCAACUCAUGCGGACAACUGGGAUGUUUUCAAGACGCCUCAGAUCCAGGUUUUGGGACAGUACUAG